GCUCUGCUGCCGCAGAGAGGGCAGCGGGUGGGCUUUGCCUUGUGCAAAUCCUCGUUCCCAAGCUGCAGCCAGAAACAUUUCAGAGCAGAGAGGGGGAGAGAGGAAGGAGCUGCAGUUCUCAGCAGCUGCCCCUGCAGCUCCUGGACACCCAGGAGCCGCUCCCAGCCCGUGCCAUGGAGGGAAAGGCAGAUAAUCAGCCGAGUGUGGUGAAGCUGGUGGCUGCAUUUGAAGAGCACUGCAGGGACAGCACAUCUGCCCAGAGGGACAAGCAGGCAGGCAGGCAGCCCCAGCAGCUUCCAGCAUUCCCUGCCAGCCAGAGCCACUCCCUGACCAGAAAAGAGGAAGAGGAGGAUCAGCAAGGUCAGCGUGGACUCAGCUUCAAAUGCCUCCGUUCUCUGCGAUGCAAAAUCCGUGAGGACAACUGGAGGAGGCCACAGGGCCCAGGCCUGGAGCCUGGCAGCCAGGAACCAGAGGAAAAGAAAAUCGCCCUGGAGCUGCUGGAGACAGAGCAGGCUUAUGUCAGCCGCCUCCACCUCCUUGACCAGAUAUUCUAUACAGAGCUGAUGAAAGAAGCCAAAACUGGGAAGACAGUCCCAGAGGAGGUGGUGAAAAUGAUCUUUUCCAACAUCUCCUCCAUCUACCAGUUCCACGCUGAGUUCUUCCUGCCAGAGCUGCAGAAGCGCAUGGAGGACUGGAACCACAACCCCCGCAUUGGGGAUGUCAUCCAGAAGCUUGCACCCUUCCUCAAGAUGUAUGGGGAGUAUGUGAAGAACUUCGACAAGGCCGUGGAGCUUAUCACUGCCUGGUCAGAGAAAUCACCUCCCUUCCAGGAGCUCAUUGCUGACAUCCAGAAGAGGAAGGUCUGUGCUAACCUGACGCUGCAGCACCACAUGCUGGAGCCUGUGCAGAGGAUCCCGCGCUACGAGCUCCUCCUGAAGGAUUACGUCCGGAAACUCCCGCCCCAAUCCCCCGACAGGGGCGAUGCCGAGAAGGCCCUGGAGAUGAUUUUUAUGGUGGCCAAGCACUCCAAUGCAGCUAUUGCCGAGAUGGAACGGCUGCAGAACCUCUGGGUGGUCUAUCAGAGGCUGGGCCUCGAGGAUGACAUCGUGGAUCCCUCCAAUGAGCUGAUCAAGGAGGGGCCAAUCCAAAAAAUCUCCACCCGCAACAACAGCACAUCGGAGAAGUAUCUGUUCCUGUUCAACAACAUGCUGCUCUACUGCGUGCCCAAGGUCAUCCAGGUGGGCGCCGAGUUCCAGGUCCACCUCCGCAUGGAUGUGGGGGGCAUGAAGGUGCGGGAGCUGAAGGACGCUGAGUUCCCUCACACCUUCCUGGUGUCGGGAAAGCAGCGGACGCUGGAGCUCCAGGCCAGGUCUGAGGAGGAGAUGAAUGACUGGCUCAAGGCCUUCCAAGAUGCCAUUGACAGGAAGGAGAAGAGGAGUGAGACCUUUAAGACAGCAGUCCAUGGCCUGGAGACAGACACCCCUGCACUGAAGACAGAGGAGCUGGGCCGCCGAGCCCCACAGUGGGUGAGGGACAACCUGGUGACCAUGUGCAUGCGCUGCAGGGAGCCCUUCAAUGCCAUCACCCGCCGGAGGCACCACUGCCGAGCCUGUGGAUAUGUGGUGUGUGCUCGCUGCUCUGACUACAAGGCCGAGUUGCAGUACGAUGGGAACCGCCCCAACCGCGUCUGCCAAGAGUGCUUCAUCUUCCUGACCGGUCACACGGUGCUCGAGGACCGCGAGGGGAAGCACAAAGGCAUCCUGGAGAAAGGAGCUGCAGAGGUAUCAAGCAGGAGUUUGCUCUGCAGUUCCCUGCAGCUGCUGGACAAGAACGGCAAGGGGGGCACGCGGGGCUGGUUCGUGAUCCCACAGGAUGAUCCCCUCGUGCUCUACAUCUAUGCAGCCCCCCAGGAUGUCCGAGCCCACACCUCCAUCCCCCUGCUGGGCUAUCAGGUGCGGGACAUGCCCCAGAGCGAGUCCCGGCACCUCUUCCAGCUGGUGCAGUCCCGGCAGGUGUUCACCUUCGUGGCCGACACUGAGGAGCUGAAACAACGCUGGAUGAAGGCCAUGGCGCGCUCUGCUGCGGGGAUCACACACCCGGAGGAGGAGGAGGAGGAUGCAGAUGAAGCAGAAUAAGGCCAUUCCCACCCCUGCGCUGCCUGGAGGGGUCACAGCUCUCCACUGCUGGCUUUGGGGAGACCCCCGACAUCGCUGCAUUCUGGUUUUCAUCGCAACAGGGGCAAGAUCGGAACACAUUUGCCAGCACACGGACAAGCUGGAUCCCCUUUCGCUCCCUGCUCGCCCCCCGCGCUGGACAGAGCCUCUGGGAGCAGCGGGAGCGGGGGAUUUGGGGGAGCGGGGAUUUGGGGGA